AUGAGUAAUGCGGGGCUCAGCUCCACCCGGAGGCAGCGGGCCUGGGGGGGCCUGGUCGGCGUGGCCCUGCUGCUGGCCCUCUGGCUCCUGUGGCUGCUGGGGCCAGCCCCUGGGGGUGCCCCGGGCCCCCAGCCCACGGUCACCAUCCUCGUCUGGCACUGGCCCUUCGCGGAGCAGCCCCCGGAGCUGCCCCACAACACCUGCACCCCCUAUGGCUUGGCCCACUGCCGGCUGAGCACCGACCGAAGCCUGCUGGCCAGUGCCGACGCCGUGGUCUUCCACCACCGUGAGCUGGAGACCCGGCGCUCCCGCCUGCCCCUGGCGCAGCGGCCGCAAGGGCAGCCCUGGGUGUGGGCGUCCAUGGAGUCCCCCAGCCACACCCACGGCCUCCAUCGCCUGCGGGGCGUCUUCAACUGGGUGCUGAGCUACCGGCGGGACUCCGACAUCUUCGUGCCCUAUGGCCGUCUGGAGCCCCGGCUGGGGCCCGCACCCCCGCUGCCAGCCAAGAGCGGGCUGGCCGCCUGGGUGGUGAGCAACUUCCAGGAGCGGCAGCUGCGGGCCAAGCUGUACCGGCAGCUGGCGCCUCACCUGCGGGUGGACGUGUUCGGCCGUGCCAGCCGGCGGCCGCUCUGUGCCGACUGCCUGCUGCCCACCGUGGCCCGAUACCGCUUCUACCUGGCCUUCGAGAACUCCCAGCACCGCGACUACAUCACCGAGAAGUUCUGGCGGAACGCGCUGGCCGCUGGCGCCGUGCCCGUGGUCCUGGGGCCCCCGCGGGCCACCUACGAGGCCUUCGCACCUGCGGACGCCUUCGUGCACGUGGACGACUUCGGCUCGGCCUUCGAGCUGGCCGCCUUCCUCGCGGGCAUGAACGAGAGCCGCUACCAGCGCUUCUUCGCCUGGCGCAGCCGGCUCCGCGUGCGGCUGUUCAGUGACUGGCGGGAGCGCUUCUGCGCCGUCUGUGCCCGCAUGCCCCACCUGCCCCGCGGCCGGGUCUACGAGGACCUCGAGGGCUGGUUCCGGGCCUGA